AUGGAUACUAUCAAGAUGCUGUUGAUGACUUAUUACCGCUGGUGGAUAUUUGUGCUCUCCUUUCAUCCGUUUCUCUGCGUCUCUCUGGGCCGGACCGAGGGGAAUACGAUCCGCUACCACUGCAACGAGGAGGAGGCGGCGGGCACGGUGAUCGGAAACCUGGCCAAGGACAUGUCCUUGAGCCUGCCCCAUUCCUCCAGGACCAAUUUUAGGAUGAUGAGGCAGUUUAAUGACUCGUUUAUCCGGGUGAGGGAGAGCGACGGGCAGCUGAGCGUCGGCGAGCGGAUGGACCGCGAGAGGAUGUGCCGACACACUCCGCAGUGCCUCGUCACUUUUGAUGUGGUGAAUUUCUCCAAAGAGCGCUACAGAUUGAUCCACGUCGAGGUGGAAGUCAAAGACAUCAACGACAACUCCCCGGCGUUCCCCAGCGCCGAGUCAGUGGUGGAGAUCUCUGAGAAUGCAGCCGUGGGGUCUCAUAUUCCUCUGGACCCGGCCGUGGACGCCGACGUGGGGUCUAACUACAUCCAAAGCUAUCAGAUUUCUGUCAACAGUCACUUCACAAUCGACGUGCUCCAGAGGGCUGAUGGGGUUAAAUAUGCGGAAUUAGUACUAAUGAAGGAGCUCGACAGGGAGACCCAAGCGUCUUUUUCCUUGGAUCUGACGGCCACAGAUGGCGGGAACCCGCCCAGGUCCGGCUCCACCAAGAUAACUGUCCGAGUGACGGACUUUAACGACAACAGUCCGGUUUUCGACCAGAAUAGUUUCUCGGUGAGCUUGCCGGAGGAUGCGCCGGUCGGCAGCGUGAUCCUCGACCUGAACGCCGUGGACGCCGACGAGGGCCCCAACGGCGAGGUGGUCUACGGUUUCGGAAAGCAGGUUUCUCACGAGAUCCGGGAUCUUUUCCACGUGGAUAACAAAUCAGGCCGCUUGACGCUCAGGAGCCCGGUGGACUUUGAGGACAAGCGUACGUACGAGCUGGACGUGCAAGCCAGCGACCUGGGCCCCAACCCGACCCCCUCAACGUGCAAAAUCGUCAUUCAUGUCAGUGACGUCAACGACAACUCGCCGGGGAUCAGCAUCACCCCCAUGACCUCCAUCACCACGGGCACGGCGCACAUCAGCGAGGCAGCGGAAAAGGACAGCCUGGUGGCUCUGGUCACGACCUCGGACCGGGACUCCGGGGUUAACAGCCAGGUCCACUGCACCCUGUACGGCCACGACCACUUUAAACUACGGCAAGCCUACGAGGACAGCUACAUGAUUGUGACGGCGGCCCCCCUAGACCGCGAGAAGAUCAGCGAGUACAACCUGACGGUCAUGGCCGAGGACUUUGGGUCACCCCCUCUCAGAAAGAUCACCCAGUACACCAUCCGGAUCAGCGACGAGAACGAUAACGCCCCACACUUCACCAAGCCUGUGUACGAGGUGUCCGUGGCGGAGAACAACGCCCCCGGAGCCUACCUCGCCACCGUGGAGGCCACAGACGCCGAUUUGGCCCACAACGGCAAAAUCACCUACAGGCUCGUGGAUAGUCUGAUCAUGGGCUCCCCCGUGAACACUUUUGUCUCGCUCAAUUCAGUGUCAGGGUCCAUCUACGCUCUACGCAGUUUCAACUACGAGGUCAUGAGACAGCUCGACGUGCACGUUCAAGCCAGCGACGGCGGCUCCCCGCAGCUGCAGAGCACGGCCGUCAUCCGCUUGAAAAUCGUCGAUCAGAACGACAACGAGCCUUCUAUCAUCGAGCCUCCUCUUUACAAAGGUUCCGCGGACGUCUUCCUGCCUAAAGACGCCCCCGCGGGUUACGUGGUCACCCACAUCAAGGCCACAGACGCAGACGAGGGUCUGAACGCGCAGUUGUCCUACAAGAUAACGGAAGGGGGGCUCCUGGGCUUCUCUGUGGACAAAGACACCGGGAAGGUGCACGUGAGCCGACAGCUGACGUACGACCUCACUGACAAUGUCAAAGUGGUGGUGUCGGUCAGCGACAACGGAUCCCCUUCGCUGACCUCCACGGCCAUCAUCCACUUCAAUUUCAUCGAGGGCACCGUCCCCAGCCUGCCCUCCUCCACCCAGGACGGCGGCGAUUAUCUUUUUGAGUGGGACACGUCCGUCGCCGUCAUCAUCGUCCUGGCGGGGAGUUGCUCCCUCCUCCUGCUGGCCAUCAUCCUCAUCACGACCAUUUGCAGCCGCCGCAGGAAGGAGACGAGGGAGGGCUACGACGAGCGGGAGGAGGCGCCGAAAAAGGCCGAGGGCGCCGAGAGCGCUCGCGCGGACGCGUUGAUCGGAGGCCACGCGGGCAAAGCCUUUGAGCCGCGCCCCUUUCCCGAGCAGCCGCCCGCGGCUGCCGGCAACGCGGCGGAGAUGACGUGCGAGGACGGGCACCCGACGGCGGGCGUCUACGAGCCGAACAGCGGGGUCAUGGAGGGCAAAUUAAAGGGCUACUCGACCCUACCGGGCUACGGGAAGGAAGCAGUCCGGCCGAUAACAAUAUGGAAGGGUAACUCGUUCACAACAAUCUCGGCCAGGGAUCCUCACAUCAGCGGCAAGGACAGCGGCAAAGGCGACAGCGACUUUAACGACAGCGACUCCGACAUAAGCGGGGACGUGCACAAGAAGGACUCGCCCCCCACAAACGCUCUGUGGGCCUGCACCAGCGAGUGCAAAGUGCUGGGGCACUCGGACAGAUGCUGGAGUCCGUCGGCCAGCAGGCCCAACACCAGCGUGGCCUCCGGGUCCAACCUCUCCACCUUCUCCAAGACGGCGUCGCUCCCUCGGGACGCCAGGAGGGAACACUACUAUCCUUCGCACGUGCCCAAGGGCAACGGCCUGCAAAGCGUCUACGAAAAGGUCCAACACCAGGAGUUCGAUUACAUCCUCGUCGGGCCGCCCACGCCGGCCAGAAUACAGGAAACAGACGAGAUCUCCAUCCCAGAGUAUACAAACUCUUAAAAACGUUUCAUUGUACAGUACUUCUUAACUGAAUCGACCGUCUUGUGAGUGGUUCUACGUCAUUCGUCUGUUGGCCUAUCCUACGUGUGAGAUCAUGUGUAAUAUGCAAGAUUUUGUACAUUAAUAAUAUAUUUUUCAUAAGGCUUCAGUGUAAAUGAUGAUGACUUUUAUUAAGACUUUUCAAGAGCAUGUGUUAUUUAAAAAGGGACACGGGGGCA